CAGGCCUAGUUUCCAGGCCACGGUCGCGGUUGCGAGGGGAUGGAACCUCUGCGUGUGCUGGAGCUGUACAGUGGCAUUGGUGGCAUGCACCACGCGCUGCGAGAAAGUUGUAUCCCUGCACAUGUGGUGGCUGCUAUCGAUGUGAAUACUGUUGCUAAUGAAGUAUACAAGCACAAUUUCCCUCACACGCUCUUACUGGCAAAGACAAUUGAAGGCAUUUCACUGGAAGAGUUGGACAAGCUAUCCUUCAAUAUGAUUUUAAUGAGCCCUCCGUGUCAGCCAUUCACAAGGAUUGGCCUUCAGGGCGAUAUGACUGAUCCAAGGACAAAUAGCUUUUUGUAUAUUCUAGAUAUUCUCCCAAGAUUACAAAAAUUACCCAAGUAUAUUCUUUUAGAAAAUGUGAAAGGUUUUGAAGUAUCUUCGACAAGAGGGCUGCUAAUAAAAACUUUAGAAGCCUGUGGCUUUCAGUAUCAAGAGUUUCUAUUAUCUCCUUACUCUCUUGGCAUUCCAAACUCAAGGCUACGGUAUUUUCUCAUCGCAAAGCUUCAGUCAGAGCCUUUACCUUUUCAAGUCCCUGGUCAGAUACUGAUGGAGUUUCCUAAAAUUGUAACUGUACAGCCACAAAAAAUUGCAGUAGUUGCAGAAAAUAAGCCAAGACUGAAGAGAACUGAACCAAAUGUCUGCUUUGAUAGCAGCAGCACGCAGUGUUCUGGAAAAGAUACCAUUCUUUUUAAGCUUGAAACUGCACAAGAAAUUGACAGAAAACAGCAACAGGACAGUGACCUCUCUGUGCAAAUGCUGAAAGAUUUUCUUGAGGAUGAUGACACAAAUCAGUACUUUUUACCACCAAAGUUAUUGCUGCGCUACGCUCUUGUACUGGAUAUUGUUAAGCCCACGUCCCGAAGGUCCACCUGCUUUACCAAAGGCUAUGGAAGCUACAUAGAAGGGACAGGCUCUGUGCUGCAGACUGCGGAGGAUGUGCAGAUUGAAAGUAUCUAUAAAUCUCUUACUGAUUUGCCGCCAGAAGAAAAGAUAGCUAAGUUGUCAAUGCUUAAGCUGCGGUAUUUCACACCUAAAGAAAUUGCAAAUCUCCAGGGAUUUCCUCCAGAAUUUGGAUUUCCCGAGAAGAUAACAGUGAAGCAGCGGUACCGUCUGCUCGGCAACAGCCUCAACGUGCAUGUAGUAGCAAACCUCCUCACAGUCCUGUGUGGAUGAUUUGAAAAUACCUCUGAGAGGUGUCAGCAUUCCUCAAAUUCUAGACAAUAAUUCUAAAAUUCAAUUUUGAAUUAAUUCAUAUGAAAUGUAACUAAAUUAUUUUAGUAGCAUUUUAGUGGGAAAUUGGGAAGUUAUUUGGUACAUAUCAACCUGUGGCUAAACAGGUCAUGGGCCCUAGGGGGUAACUGACCACCAUUACUGCUAAAUGGACAUAGUAUUACACGCUUCAUGAUGAUUUAUUGUUAUAGCAUAGAUUAGUGUUUCCCUAAAUGUUCAUCAAGUAAGUUUCUUGCAGUAGGUGGCAAUACAAAAACAUAUUAAAUUUAUGUUGCUGUAUCCCAUAAACUUCACUUUACUGUUUUGCUUUAUGAGCAAAUAUUUUUAUAAAGGUUUAAAACAUCUAUAUUAAAUAUCUUUCAUAUAUGCUAUAAACAGAUUUAAGAAUGUUUGAAUUUUAUAUCUAUAAUUGUACUUUAUAAGUAUGACAUGAAUAGUAUAAUAAUCCUUAGGAAAUAAUCUUUGUGUGUUAAAUUAAAAAUUGUUUUAUAUAACACGGAGAAACAACUGGGUAUGGGCCUGGAAGCUUCAGCCCUUCUGGCCAGCUUUCAUAGUGCUAGAAGGUGCUAUCCAUGUAUUGGAAGAAAAAAAUAGUCAUUCUUCUUUACUAGCUUCAAACCUGGUAAGUCACAAUAAAGCCUAUCCUGUUAAGAUAUGUCCAUGAAUGUUAUGAUUUGAUUUAAGGCCUGAUCAAUGAGAUGGAACCCAUACUUGGCACUAUUACCUGGUUCAAAAACCUGUGGCUAGACAGAUCAUGAAUCCUAGUAGGUAACCUACUACCAUUAUUCUGCUAAAUGGACAUAGUAUUAAAUGAUUCCUAAUGAUUUGUUGUAAUACCAUAGAUUAGUGUUUCUCUCGGCAUUCAUCGGGUAAGCUUCUUACAGUAGAUGGCAAUACAGAAACCCAAAACUUGUUAACAUGCAGAAAGUGCGAGACUGUGGGGUGCUCAGUCCUAAAUGGGACAUACUCUCAGUGUCCUCCUUGCCAAGGCUCUGUGGUCAUUACAGAAGAGGGAGCAAAAGAGUGUAGGAGCCCUUUAAGAAGAUAGUGUUUUUCAGGCACAGCAGGACAGAAGCUAGGUAAGCUUUCUGAUGGCCUGGACCAGUCUGGCUGUAACUCAGAGGAAUCUGUCCAGAGUGCCAGAAUGAAAGGACAGUACUCAACCUGGCUUCCUCUUUAAUCUGAUUCUGAAGAUAAAAACGCAUUGUUCUGUCUUCAUUUGCACAUACUUCCUUUUAGUUUGCUAUUACCAGAGUGCUUUUUUUUUCUUUAUCAGCCUUUGGAUUAAAUUUGUCUGUUGUUACAUUUUAAGAAAUAUGGCAUGGCUUAUGUGCCCUUAGGGUUAUAUUGUUGCUAUUUCUAUAUGGUACUACACCAUCCUUUAUUGUAUUGACUGUCUCCAGUCAGUGUUUCAUGGCAUUGGUAAAUGAUGGAUAAAAUGUGUUCAGACAUAUACUGGAAUGUCAGUGUUAACUGGAAGGAGUUUAUGAUACAUGUCAUGACCUGUGUGAGCCUUGGGAAACUGCUAAUGAAAGAAGCCGAUUAUGAAAAGACUAAUGUGAUUUUAUUCCACUGUGAGUCAUAGAGACAGGAAUUAGGGCAAUGUUUGCCAGGGGUCAGCAGGAGGGACACUAGGGAGUUAGUGUUUAGCAGGCACAGAGUUUCUCUUUGGGAAGAUGAGCAGGUUCUGAAAGUGGGUGGCGUUGACGGUUGGACAUUGUGAAUGUGCUUCGUGCCCCCAAACUGUACCCUCAAAACCUGUUGAGUCGCUAAUUUUAUUUUAUUUAUAUCAUGCUGAAAUUUUUAAAAUUACUUUUUCUGAACUCAGGUAAAUAUGGGUAUAUCAAAGCUAUAAGCUAUAUAUGUAUCAACAGUCACAUUUUAUCUAUGUGUUUAAAGAUGAACCUCAUUAAAGUACAAUCUGA